AUGAUGCUGCAGAAUUUAGUACAAGACGAAGCCCAGACUCAGAGAGAUUCUCCAGGUCCUCCUGAUGGGGUUCAGGAGGGGCCAAGCCAGCCUUCAGAUCCACCAUUCCCAUGGAGAGGUCUUCUAGCUCCUUAUGAUAUUGGACUACCAAGAGCAGAAGUGAGCUUCCGUCCGAAUUUAACAAGGGCACCACCAGAUCGAGCUGCUGAAAGAGAAGCUGAUAAUUUCUUUAGUAGACCUUACUUUGCACAGCACUUUGGAGCAACGAGGAACAUGUCUGCAUCAGUGGUUACGCAUCGGAUUCAGGCUUGGGACUUUACGCAUUACAAUAUUCCUGAAAUUUCUGACAGUGCUGCUAAUGUGGUUGUUAGAAAAUGUAAAAUCCACAAUGAUGCGAGUGUUGACAUCUCGGUUGAUGGAACCAUGUUGGCUGCCCUUGUGCCAGAGAGCCAGGCCAUGACCAUGGUCGGUGUUUACAGCUUGAGAGAAAAGUCACGUGGGCAACUUCUCUAUAGCUACAUUUUUGCACCCAAUACCAUCUGUGUCAGCCUCUCUCCAGUGGCACGGCAUUUAGUCGUUGGAUUUGCAUCACACACACCACGAUUUGUUUCACAUCAUAACACCAAGCAGGUUGUCGCACAAAUAUACAAGUUAUGUGACAAUCCUAUGUUUUAUGGCCGAGGACAAGCAGGACACCUACAGUUUCUGAGGGAUAUAGAAGUCAUGAGUGAUCACCGGCACACCUCUUUGAAUUGCAUCCGAUGGCUCCCAUACCCAGGCCAGGGGCUCAUCUAUGGCACCAACAGGGGGCAAUUAAAUAUCCUACGUUGAUCCAGCAGUUUAUUUCUGCAAGCUUGAAUUUUUCUUACAAGUUUCACUCACACAAGCAUUGUGAAACAGUAGUCCAUCAUACCCCAUUAACAAUACAAAGACCUGUGAUAUAUGAAAUUGUCACUGUAAUAGUAAUGUAUCUCCAGGUUGAUGUACUUUUAUUUUUAUUUUUUAUUGGAGAGGCAGUAAUU